GAGCUGCUCAAUCAUCAAUGUCCAUGAGCAGCUAGCAAUAGGACUUAGGCGCAGGCAAAAGUGGGAAACACUCUGAGAAUGGGAAGGCAUUUGCAGGAGCAAUUUCUCUCGCGGCGCCUGUGAAAAGCGGGCUGGCAGGCGUUACGGGCUUGCCUUUCGUCGGGCCUAGCCUCCGGCUGCGCCCAUCGCCGCAGGGCCCCGAAAGAAUGGACGAGCCCCCUGCAUUUCGCGGGGAACCAGCUCAUGGCGCCAGCGAGUCCUCGAGUUGGGGGCAGAUCCUCAAGAAGCACAUGUACGACUGGCUUGCACUGAUCCUGCUUGCGGUUGGACUGGUGUUUUUGGACACCUUUGGACGGCCUUUCCACAGAUAUGUCCUCCCAGAAGAACUGCGGCAGCUGCGAUACCCCCUGCUAGCGAAUUCUGUUCCAGCGUGGGCAAUCCCUGCCUAUACCCUCCUGCUUCCGCUUGUUGUGUUCGGGGCGUUCUUCGCAGUGAAGAAGGACAAGCGUGAUUUCCACAAUGCGUUUAUGGGGCUGAUGGCGUGUCUGAUACUGACGUCGGUAGCGACUGAUUCGGUAAAACUAGCGGCGGGGAGGCUGCGGCCCGACUUCUCCUCGCGCUGUUUUCCCAAUGGACAGGAGUCCUUCUCAGUUCCGGGCGAACCGGCGUGCACGGGGCUUGCAAGCGAUGUGAUCGAAGGGCGCAAGAGCUUUCCUAGCGGACAUUCUUCAUUGUCGUUUGCCGGCCUGGGCUACCUGGCACUUUACCUUGGGGGCAAAAGCGGGACCUUCCGGGGACGGUUCCAGCUUCCCACCUAUGUGCCGUUCUUCCUUCCCCUGAUCGGGGCUACUGUGGUUGCGGUCAGCCGAGUGAGGGACUACUGGCACCAUUGGCAGGACGUUACUGUGGGGUCGCUUCUAGGGUUUGGGCUCGCAUGUUUCUGCUACCUGCAACUGUACCCGCCUCUGACUAGCGCUGCAGCCGCUCGUCCGUUCGUAGGGCAGUCCCUCUCGAGAUCCGAUCACCAUAUGAUCAGGCCAAGCGGGGAUAUUGAGAUAGGAGAUUCGGCAGGGUAAAGGUUUAGACAGUGUCUCUUGUUUCACAAGCUUGGCCGGGCCUCCCUAAGGGGUGAUCGGACUUUGGUCCAUAGAAGUUGAGAUCAGAGUCGCACCUGAACCCCUCCGCGCUUGCCAGCAAUGUUCAUAUGUUUACCAGUUGGAAGCAUGUGUCAUGUAUCGUCAGCGUCCAAAGGGGGGCUUUCCUCCCCACGCAACUGAUCAUUUUCUAACUUAUUGAAAGCGUCUGAGCUACCGAAU